GCUAUAAGUUGGUUUUGUUGUUGUCGCUGUAACUGCGUCAGCAGCAAUAAUCGGGAGUCGGGAGUAGCGGCAACAGCAGGAGAAGAUACAAAAGGCAAUUGACCCACUGAUCUCGAGCGAAUUCGGUAAGAAGGGCGAGGUGUUAAUCGUCACCAACAGUAGCCGGUCAGUCAGUCUGACUGUCAGACGUGUGGGGAAGGAGAGACAAUCGCUCAGAAGACUUUCUAGGGCAUCGGGUCGCCUUUUAACCCGUUUGAGCCUCCCACUCGGCUAUCGACCAACUUCUUCCCUUUUAACUUUUUCUUUGCAUCUUUUUUUUUUUUUUUUACAAUUUCUACAUCACAUCACAACACCCCCCCACCAAUUUCUUUUAUAGUUCAACUUUACUUAACCCCAUUCCUUCCCUUCUUACCACACCGCCCCUCCACUCCGCAUCUUCCCGAUAGCAUAGCUGUUGCCGUGAAAAUACCCUUUGUUCGAAUCCUCUACCUACAUUUGUAGAUAGAACUACAAUUUGGGUCCAGGAGAAAAACAAUUGGAAAGAGGAGAGAAAAAAGAGAUUUCUUUUGAAAACAUAAUCUUUUUUUUUUUUUUUGCCCCGCUUUUAACUUAUUUUUUUCUUCGGUUUUUUUCCCCUAUUGGGUGCUCACGCGACACCUACCAGUAUUUCAUCAUGGUGAAGCCGGAUCCCGACUCACUAGGCGAGACAGCUGCCUCAACAACGGCUACAACGACGACAGCGACGACUACGCCGGCAACAGCAGCAACGGCAACACCAACGGCAACACCAACGGCAACACCAACAGGACAGCAAUCUCCAGCGGUACCUCCAGCUCCAAGUGGUAACAUAGCAUCGUCAAAGGACCCGGGUCGACCCAGGAGGAAGAAGGCGAGGAGAGCUUGCUUCGCUUGUCAGCGCGCCCACUUGACCUGCGGUGACGAGCGUCCAUGUCAGAGGUGUAUUAAGAGGGGUCUUCAGAACGCUUGCCACGACGGCGUCCGCAAGAAGGCAAAGUACCUACACGACGCACCCAUUGAUGAUGUAUCCGAGUUCCCCGGGGGUUUCGCUACCUACCCGACGCAUCGCGUUCCUGGGAACAUAAACACGGAUAUGUUGCCACCAGAUGGGACCAUCAAUCCAGGGUCGAUUCAGUCUCCGGGGUUGCAGGAAUCGUCGCCGACGAAGGGUGGGAAUGGUGGAGGGCGUGGUGCCGGUGGUGGGAACUUUCCCGGAACUCCCCUAUUCGACCCGAGUGAUCCUGCCUUCUUCAAUUUCGACAUUGCGAGCUUGAACUUCGGCAGUCAGUACGGUGCCCUUGAAUUCGGCGUCCUCGGCCGGAUGAGCGGGCAAGCUGCCGACGCUGAUGACGGGAGCGUAGGCAGCUACGCAUACUCACCGAGCAUGGGGACCGGCGAAGGGUAUGGAGGUUUCUCGGCUCCGCAAGAUGACCCGCCGCACUAUCGCGAUAGCUGGGGCAGCGGUCAUGGGGGGCGGAAUUCCGGGGCGGGUCACAGUGUCGGGUUUGCGGGGACCUACAUGAUUGAAGCCGGGCCGGGGAGUCUCACCAGCCCAUCCCCACCGGUGGAGUCCCCGCGACAGAAUUACAUUCAAAAUACCGCGCAGACAACAGCUGGCUCAUCGAGUUACGAUACAACGGCGACUAGUGGUCCUAUGAGUUCUCCAUCGUUCUACCAAUCGGGUGGGCACCAUCGCCCUUCCACCCUCCAGCAGGUGCAAUCUGCAUCCACAGCCCAACAGCAGCAACAGCAACAAGUCCCACAAGUCCAAGCCCCCAUGCGCCGUCGCAGACUCCCGGAGGACCCCAGCCAGAUCUACAGCUCCAUCACAACACCAUACCCAUACACACUCCACUAUCACCGCCUCUUCCACAUGCUCGAAACCCGUUUCCCCAAACCUCUCCUUCUACGCAUCGCUCGGGCAAUGGCCUCGUUUCGCCCUUCCUUCAUCGCCUGCACACAGACGCUCAAAGCCGACGACCUCCUCUUCAUGGAAAAGUGCUUCCAGCGAACACUCUGGGAAUAUGAACGCUUCAUACAAAACUGUGGCACACCAACUCUCGUCUGCCGACGCACAGGGGAGGUAGUCGGCGUCGGCAAGGAAUUCUGCAUGCUUACGGGCUGGGAGAAGCAAGUUCUCCUCGGCGAAAAGGCUAACCGAAACACGAAUGUGCCCGUCAACGGUGAAGUCGUUAACUUUCCGCCGCCGUCUGUCGACGAGUAUGGUCAUGGUGGCGUUGGUAAACCCGUAUUCCUGGCCGAGCUCCUCGACGACGAGAGUGUUGUUGAGUUUUAUGAGCAGUUUGCCCGAUUGGCCUUUGGCGACUCGCGUGGGGCUGUCAUGACAACUUGUAAAGUGCUCAAGUAUCGCGCUGAGAAGGACGACAGUAAGAAGGAUGGCGUGAGGGAGGCCCGUGGCAUGGAUGGCCUCGGGGCGAAGGACGGGAAGGUUGAGUGUGCUUUUUGUUGGACCAUUAAGAGAGAUGUCUUUGAUAUUCCGAUGUUGAUUGUUGCGAAUUUCCUACCGAUUCUUCCGAGACCGGCGCCUGAGGGGGGGAAGUAAUUUUGUUUUCUUACUUUUCCUUUCUCUUUUCCUUCUCUUUUUGAUGGAGCCGGGUGUGGUAGUGCUGUGUGUACGAUUCUGUGUGUUUUUGUUUUACCGCUCUGAUUGUGUACGCUUCGUCAGCUACCUAUUUGUUUUAUUCCCAGAAGUGGCAGGAUGGAAUGGGAGCAGUACACGUUUUGUAUUUCUCCCCUCCCACCCCCUUCGACUAUCGCUUUAUUUUCAAUUUUGGCUUUUCAUCCCUUGUACUUGGACUACAGUGCGCAGCUAUAGACUCCUGAGAAUCUUUUUCCUUUUCACUCUCUCGUUUUAUAACAUUUUGGUCUUUGUGGUUAGUUAGUUAAGGUUAACUUCAAUUUCUGGUUCGCGACUUGGGUCGUGGAAAUGGUAUAGCACUCAGUGUUUGGAUGAGCGAGCGGCCUCAUUCUACUUGCCCGCCCGCCCGCCCGCUUGCCGUGGCAAUAUACCGGUACCGUACU